AUGGGGCAGAUCCAGUACUCUGAGAAGUAUUUCGAUGACACUUACGAGUACAGGCAUGUCGUCCUUCCUCCUGAGGUGGCCAAACUGCUCCCCAAGAAUCGCCUUCUCUCUGAGAAUGAAUGGCGAGCAAUUGGUGUUCAGCAGAGCCGUGGAUGGGUUCACUACGCCAUCCAUCGACCCGAGCCACACAUCAUGUUGUUCAGGAGACCUCUCAACUACCAGCAGCAGCAGGAGGCUCAAGCCCAGCAGACCAUGGUUGCUUAA